UUUCACUUUCACACCCAGCGCGAUCGUCUCAUGGCCGAGGCCUUGGCCAAGCUCGCCGACUCUCUCUACUCCCCCGACUCCAAGCCCAUCGCCGCCACUGAUCUCCUUCUCCGCCUCCGCUCCGACCCCGACUCCAUCUCACCGGGCCUCCACUGCCUUCUCCUCAUCCUCAAACGCGCCGUCCAGCCCGCCGCUGACGGCAAGCUAGGGCUUCAAUCAUGGACCGAUUCGCAAAUUCAAGCUCUCUACUCCCUCGCCUACGCCGUCGUCUCCUCCUCCCGAUCUCUUUCAGUGGAGCAAGCGGAAGCGAUAGUUGUGGCCACUGUGCAAAUGUGUAUAGAAUUUGCUGUGUGUUAUCUGGAAAGAUCAGAACUCGGCGGCGACGACAUGACUAUUCAGAACAAUAUGGUGCAACUUUUGGAGAUGUCACUGGUUGAUGAAAUGGAUAAAGCACCUGAGGCAAGGAAGCCAUUCCCUCUAGAUAGCCUUGCAGACUUGUCAAUAUCUGUUACUGGUAGUUCUAGUGGUACCGAGUUUGAUAAUUAUAUUAAGUGUGGCCCUCAAGGUGUCAGUUGUUCUAGGGCAGAGAAACCGGUUGAUCACCUUCUUAUGUCUUUGGCUGCCGAGUGCGUACAGUCUGAUAGGCAGACCACUGGAUUUGGCGGGCCUACUUUGCACCAAGAUUUGAACAAGUUGGUUUAUCUAUCCCAGCAUUGGGCAGUUGCUCAUGUUGGGUGUACUCAACGUUUGUUUUUGCUCUGCAAACAACUUAUUGUACUCCCAGAUGUGUUUGAUGAGAAUUUUUCUGGGGCAAGCGUCUGCAAGAGACUGUCCUUCACUUUGAGGAUUAUAAAGCUACUUGGAAGUCUUGCAAAGGACAUCCCAUACAUUGAAUUUGAUGCCUCAUUGGUGCAAGCAGUUGGCUCUCUUGCUGAAGCACUACCCAGGUUGUUUAGACCUGGAUUUGAGUUCGUAAACAGCCAUGUACCAGUUGAGGGUAGUUUUGAGAGUCUCAGUCUGUUGUUAUUGGAAGACUUUAUUGAACUUGUCCGGGUUACUUUCUGCAACAGCAGUGUAUUUUUGAACGUUCAGGUCUGCUUGAUAGCUUCAAUAAUGGACAACCUUGAUUCUUCUCUAUGGAGGUAUAACAAUUCCGUUACUAACUUGAAGCCUCCGCUAGUUUACUUUCCGCGGAUUGUUAUUUACAUAUUGUCACUCAUCCAUGACCUUAAGAGGCAGACUACCCGGGCUGUCAAUUGGAAGGAGUUCGACACAGAACUUAUGGUCAGUAAUACCAGUGUCAUCGAUCCCCCUUCCUGCCUGGUUCGUUCUGAGAAAGUUCCUUUACUUCAGAGGUACACAUUCGAACAACUUGUGAAGAUAAUCUUCCCUUCCUCAAAUCAAUGGCUGGACAAUCUACUGCAUGUUAUUUUUUUCCUUCAUUCUGAGGGAGUGAAACUAAGGCCAAACGUGGAGAGGACACAUUCUAGUUGUGCAAAAACUACUUGCAGCUCUGAAGUGGAAAAUGUUGUUUGCCAUGAAGAUGAAGCCCUUUUUGGAGAUCUUUUCUCAGAGAGUGGCCGGGGUUCUACAGAUGGAUAUGAUCAGCCACCUGUUGCUGUUAAUUCUAGCUCCAGCCAGAGUAAUAUGCCCAUGGAAGCUGCAACAGAGAUGCUUAGUUUUUUAAAAGUGUGCAUCUUCUCUCCUGAAUGGUACCCUUCUUUAUUUGAGGAUAGCUGCACGAAGCUUAGCGAAAGCCAUAUUGAUAUUUUUCUCCACUUACUCCAAGGUCAGGGAUCUUCUGAGGAGAGGAGCCUUGAGUGCUAUUCCAUUUCACAAGAAGAGGGAAAAACUGGCCAGGUUCAUGAACUUUGCUUCAACUUGUUGCAGGACCUUGUGACACGUCAUGCUUUAUCUGAUUCACUGGAAGAGUACUUGGUUGGAAAAAUCUUGAAUGUUGAGAAUGAUAUUUUUGCUUACAAUAGUCGGACCCUUACCUUACUGGCUCACAUCCUUUUCUGUAGGGUGGGUUUGGCUGGUAGCCGGUUGAGAGACCAAAUUUUCCGGGGCUUUGUGGAUUACCUCUUUCAGAAGACAAAAGACAUUUCUUUUAAAUGUUCCACCUUUAAAGAACUGCUCAAGGCCCUUCCAUCGGUUUUUCACAUUGAAAUUCUUCUUAUGGCAUUUCACUUAUCUUCUGAAGAGGAAAAAACAUCUCAUGCGAACUUAAUAUUCUCCACUCUCAGAGCAAUUAGUACUCCAGCAUUGGGUCUGAAUAGUGCACAUUUGUCUUGUUGGGCUCUACUGGUUUCAAGGUUGAUUGUGGUGCUUCGUCAUAUGAUAUUCUAUCCACAAACAUUUCCUUCGACAUUACUUGUCCAUCUGCGCUCCAAGUUGAGGCAUGCUCCAUACUCAAGUACACCGCUUGGCAUGAAUAAUCAUUUGUCAUCCUGGGUUUCAAUUGUAUGUAACAAUGUAAUGAGUGCAUGGUUCGAAGAAGAGCCUGAUAUCAGUCCCUUGCUUCACCAAUUGAUUGAUAUAUCUGCCCUUCCUGCUUCACUGUCCACAGAAGUUCUGCAUAUUGAUAGCUUAUGCUUGAGUUGGGAUGACAUUUGUUCAACCAUGUCAUCCAUUAUUGGGCUCUGGAAAGAUAAAAAGGCUACAGUGGUGGAGGAUCUUAUUGUUGAAAGAUACAUGUUUGUACUUUGUUGGGAUUUUCCAACCAUGGGUACUGCAAAGCACAAUCAGCUUCUAUUUUUGAGUGAUCCACAUACUCUUGACAUUUCUGACAUGGAAAAUUUCUUCUACUUCAGCCACUCCGUUCUAGGUAAUCAUGCUUCUGGUGCCGUGAAUACCAACUUUUCUGAAGUUAUAAUUCAUCUGCUUCAGCAGUUGGAUGCUGAACAAAUACCUGAGCGCAUUGAGGGGUUAGGCUGGGGUUUUCUGAGAAAUGCAAUGUGGUUGUCUUUGGUGGUAGGCUUGCUUGAUGUUGGCAUCUGUAGAUAUGGAAUGAAGAAUACAGUUUCAGGAGUGGGUUCAAACUGGAUGCUGAAUAUGUCUAUGGACAAUGAGUAUAUCACCGUUGCUGAAGGGAUGGUUGCCUCCUUAGUGGAUGCUGGUCAACUUUCAUCACUGUUUAGGAUAGUUUCUUCUUUGAUGAAUAAGUACCUACAAGUUUAUCAAAGAGCUUUCAUUGCUACUUUUAGCCAGAAGGAUGCUAAUGGAUUCUCACCACUAUUGCUUUUCAAACAUUCUGGUUUUGACGUGUGCCUUCAGAAUGAGCUUGAAAAGACUGGACCUGGUUGUUUUCGUCUGGAGUCUGUUCUUGAUCUCUUGGUGAACUUUGAUGCAAUUAUUGAUAAACGAGCAUCAGGAAGUUUGUGUAGGACUUGUUGGCAAACUAUGUAUCAUGGUUUCCCUCUAAAUCUCCACACUCCGAGUGGAAUCCUUCUUUCUUGCAUCCUUAACAUAAGGCAGAACAUUUCCAUUCUGGUUGGUCUGCUGAAAGUAAAAGAUAUCGUAGGAAAUGUCUGCUUAGAGAGUGAUGUACUUCGUCAAAUUCUUGAUUCGAUAGUGGCAAUCAAAUUUGACAGGAUCUUUGAAAGUGUUCACGGGAAAUGCGAAACUAUUUAUGGCAGCUUGACUGCGGGCCUGGUAGGGCCAGAGCAUGUCAAUUUGAUUCUAUUGGAGCACCUGGAGCGGUUUUUAAGGGAUAUUAAUUCCAAAGAUGUAACUGACAGCAGUAUCCAAGAGUGCAUAAUCACCAAGGCUGUUGAUACGAUGGAUAGCUUAAGGAAAGAUCCUACCAAGGUUGAUAUCUUCAAACUUUAUCUUGGUAUGGAUGGUGUUUCAGAGAAGGUGAAGGACCUUUUCAGUUCACAACGUGGUGAUCUGCUGGUUCUUAUUGACUCUCUACAUAAUUGUCACUCAGAAACAGUUAACGUAAAGGUUCUUGGGUAUUUUGUUGAUCUACUAAGUGGAGACCUCUGCCCUGACCUUAAACAGAAGGUGCAAAACAAGUUUCUCAGCAUGGACUUGCUUCAACUCUCCAAAUGGUUAACGGCAAGGCUUUUAGGCUGUGUUCUGGAAGCUUCAGAUGGAGUUAAUGGUGCAAAAGGAAGUCCCUCCUCUCUUAGGGAAUCAACCAUGAACUUUAUUUUAUCACUCGUAUCCCCACCUUCUGAUUUGCAAUCAGUGGAACUCCAGAGUCAUAUUUUUGAAGCUGUGCUGGUUUCCCUUGAUCCUGCCUUUUUGCAAUUUGAUAUUCAUGUUGCCAAAGCAUUUUUCCAGUUUGUGGUUCAAUUAUCCAAAGGGGAUAGUUCUCUGAAAUUGCUUUUAAAGAGAACCAUAAUGCUGAUGGAGAAGCUGACCAGCAAUGAUUCUUUGCUACCGGGCUUGAAGUUUCUUUUUGGGUUUUUGGAAAGUGUGUUAAGUGAUUUUGGGUCUGAUAGGAGUACCCCGGAAAGAUCAUUGGUAAAGUGUCUGUCUGGUGUUACUCAUGGUGUGGGACCUACUGCUUCAAGGCAGGUAGGAUCACAGAAGAACUCUGGGACAUUGGUCCUUUCGACUAAUCAAGAAGGCAGGUCAAUGGCUCUUGAAUGUGAUGCAACCUCUUUAGAUGAAGAUGAGGAUGAUGGGACCUCUGACGGGGAGGUAGCGAGCCUGGAUAAGGAUGAUGAAGAGGAUACCAACAGUGAUAGGUCUCUUGCUUCUAAAGUGUGCACAUUUACAUCUAGUGGAAGCAAUUUCAUGGAGCAGCACUGGUACUUCUGUUACACAUGUGAUCUGACCGUCUCAAAAGGCUGUUGCUCUGUGUGCGCAAAGGUUUGCCAUCGUGGUCAUCGUGUUGUUUAUUCUCGCUCUAGCCGUUUCUUUUGUGAUUGUGGAGCUGGAGGUGUUAGAGGAAGCAAUUGCCAAUGCUUAAAACCACGAAAAUUCACUGGUGUUAGUGGUGGCCCAGUCCGUAGUGAUAGUAAUUUCCAGUCCUUUUUACCCUUCAUGGAAGAUGAAGAACAGCUACCAGAAAGUGAUUCAGAUCUUGAUGAGGAUAGUAUAGAUGUGGACAACUCUAUCAGACUCUCUAUCCCAAGAGAGCUUCAAGAUGGGAUCAGACCGUUGCUUGAAGAACUUGAUGUGGAAGGAAAGGUGCUUGAGCUUUGCUCCUCAAUGUUCCCUUAUAUAACCAGUAAAAGGGACUCCGUCUUGUCAAAAGAUAACAAAAUCAUUCUUGGCAAAGACAAGGUGCUUUCUUUUGGGGUUGAUCUUUUGCAAUUGAAGAAGGCAUACAAAAGUGGGUCCUUAGACCUGAAGAUAAAAGCAGAUUAUUCAAAUGCCAAGGAACUCAAAUCACAUUUAGCUAGUGGAUCUCUUGUCAAAUCCCUUCUUAGUGUCAGUAUUCGAGGGCGACUUGCAGUGGGAGAAGGUGAUAAAGUGGCAAUUUUUGAUGUUGGGCAGUUAAUUGGACAAGCCACCAUCGCCCCUGUGACAGCAGACAAGACCAAUGUCAAACCCCUAUCUAAGAAUGUUGUGCGCUUUGAAAUUGUGCGUCUUACAUUCAACCCAGUGGUGGAGAAUUAUCUUGCAGUUGCAGGUUAUGAAGACUGCCAGGUCCUCACCUUGAAUCCUCGUGGUGAAGUGACUGAUCGUCUUGCCAUUGAACUGGCAUUGCAAGGUGCAUAUAUAAGAAGGGUAGAGUGGGUUCCAGGUUCUCAGGUUCAAUUACUGGUGGUUACCAACAAGUUUGUCAAAAUAUAUGAUCUAUCUCAGGAUAACAUCAGUCCCAUGCACUACUUUACGCUGCCAGAUGAUAAGAUUGUGGAUGCAACCCUUCUUGUGGCCUCUCAUGGAAGGACGUUUCUGAUUGUUCUUUCAGAACAUGGAAGGUUGUUAAAGCUAGAGUUAUCAGUGGAAGGUAUUGUUGGGGCUACACCUUUGAAGGAAGUAAUCCAGAUACAGGAUAGAGAGAGUGAUGCGAAGGGCUCAUCUUUGUACUAUUCGUCAGCGUUCAAGUUACUUUUCCUAUCCUAUCAGGAUGGGACCUCUUUGGUUGGACGGCUUAGCUCAGAUGCGACUUCUUUGACUGAAGUAUCCACUAUAUAUGAGGACCAAGAUGGUAAACUGCGGUCUGCUGGACUUCAUCGUUGGAAAGAAUUGCUGGCUGGCAGUGGGCUCUUUGUUUGCUUCUCUACUUUAAAAUUAAACUCUGCAAUUGCUGUAUCAAUGGGAGCAGAUGAUUUAUCAGCACAGAACCUGCGACACGCAGUGGGCUCGACCUCACCUUUAGUGGGAGUAACUGCGUAUAAGCCAUUAUCUAAAGAUAAGAUCCACUGUCUUGUCUUACAUGAUGAUGGUAGCCUUCAAAUAUACUCGCAUGUUCCAGUGGGAGUUGACGCUGGUGCUGGUGCAACAGCAGAGAAAGUAAAGAAAUUGGGUUCUGGAAUCCUCAGCAAUAAGGCUUAUGCUGGUGUUAACCCUGAAUUCCCCCUUGAUUUUUUUGAGAAAACAUUGUGCAUUACAUCAGAUGUGAAACUGGGUGGUGAUGCUGUCAGAAAUGGUGAUUCUGAAGGAGCUAAGCAGAGCUUGGCAUCUGAGGAUGGCUUUCUGGAGAGUCCAAAUCCUGCAGGCUUUAAGAUAUCUGUCUUCAACUCAAAUCCCGAUAUCAUCAUGGUUGGGUUCCGUGUGCAUGUUGGUAAUACAUCAGCAAGUCACAUACCUUCUGAUAUCACUAUAUUCCAUAGGGUGAUUAAACUAGAUGAAGGUAUGCGGUCUUGGUAUGAUAUUCCAUUUACAGUUGCUGAGUCGCUCCUUGCUGAUGAAGAAUUUACAAUCUGUGUUGGACCAUCCUUCAAUGGAUCAGCUCUACCUAGAAUUGACUGCCUUGAAGUGUAUGGUAGAGCUAAAGAUGAAUUUGGUUGGAAAGAAAAAAUGGAUGCUGUACUGGAUAUGGAAGCACGUGUGCUUGGUUGUAAUUCCUUGCUUGCAGGAUCUGGGAAAAAACGCCGGUCGAUGCAGUCUGCUCCUAUACAGGAGCAGGUUAUAGCUGAUGGCCUUAAGCUUCUGUCCAAAAUCUAUUCAUUGUGCCGAUCUCAUGGAUGCUCAAGAGUUGAAGAAGUUAAUCUAGAGUUGAGCAAACUAAGGUGCAAGCAGUUAUUAGAAAACAUAUUUGAAAGUGAUCGAGAGCCCUUGCUGCAGGCAGCUGCUUCUCGUGUUUUGCAGGCUGUGUACCCCAAAAAAGACUUGUACUACAAUGUCAAGGAUGCCAUGCGGCUGUCUGGAGUGGUGAAAUCGACAUCUGUACUCUCUUCCAGGCUUGGGGUUGGUGGUACUGCAGGAACUUGGAUAGUCGAAGAGUUCACAGCCCAGAUGCGUGCUGUAUCUAAAAUUGCACUUCACCGUCACUCUAACCUGGCUACUUUCUUAGAGAUGAAUGGUUCUGAAGUUGUUGAUGGGCUCAUUCAAGUUCUGUGGGGAAUUUUGGACUUAGAGCAGCUUGACACACAAACAAUGAACAACAUUGUCAUAUCUUCCGUAGAGCUCAUUUAUUGUUAUGCUGAAUGCUUGGCUUUACAAAAGGAUACAGGGUUGCACUCUGUUGGACCUGCUGUUUUAUUAUUCAAAAAGCUUCUCUUUUCUCCCAAUGAGGCUGUCCAGACAUCAACCAGCCUGGCUAUAUCUUCAAGGUUGCUUCAGGUUCCCUUUCCCAAACAAACAAUGUUGGUAACAGAUGAUGCUGCAGAAAUUGCAGUUUCUGCUCCUGUGCAUGCUGAUACGACUGGUGGAAAUUCCCAAGUUAUGAUUGAAGAAGAUUCAAUUACUUCUUCUGUUCAAUAUUGUUGUGAUGGUUGCACCACUGUUCCCAUACUUAGACGGCGAUGGCAUUGUACUGUUUGUCCAGAUUUCGAUCUGUGUGAGGCAUGCUAUGAAGUACUGGAUGCAGACCGUCUUCCUCCACCACACUCUAGAGAUCAUCCUAUGACAGCAAUACCCAUAGAAGUGGAAUCAUUAGGAGGAGAUGGCAAUGAGUUCCACUUCACACCAGAUGAUGCAAGUGAUCCAACAAUCUUGCCAAUUACUGCAGAUUCCAGGACCCAGAGUUCUACUCCAUCAAUUCAUGUCCUCGAACCCAGUGAGUCUGGGGAGUUUUCUGCCUCAGUCAAUGACCCAGUAUCAAUUUCUGCUUCAAAACGAGCUUUGAAUUCCCUAAUCCUGUCUGAACUUCUAGAACAGUUGAAAGGAUGGAUGCAAUCAACCUCAGGGGUACGGGCAAUUCCUGUUAUGCAGCUCUUCUACAGAUUAUCAUCUGCUGUUGGCGGACCUUUUAUGGACAUCUCAAAGCCUGAGAACUUAGAUUUAGAGAAACUAAUUAGAUGGUUUCUGGAUGAGCUCAAUCUCAACCAACCAUUUUCAGGCAAAUCCCGCUCUUCUUUUGGGGAAGUUGCAAUUCUUAUAUUCAUGUUCUUCACUUUGAUGCUAAGAAACUGGCACCAGCCAGGCAGCGAUAGUUCCGUGCCAAAACUCAGUGGGACAACUGAUGUGCAUGAUAAAAGUGUCAUCCAAAUUUCGCCUGCCACCUCAGCUGCUGGUUCAUCUUUUGUGGAUGAUCAAGAAAAAAACGACUUUGCGUCUCAGCUGCUUCGUGCUUGCAGUUCUCUUAGGCAACAAUCUGUUGUCAACUACUUGAUGGACAUACUUCACCAGCUAGUGCAUGUUUUCAAGUCUCCUUCUGCAAGUUAUGAAGCUGCAGGACCUGGUUCUGGCUGUGGAGCUUUGUUAACAGUUCGAAGAGAUCUAGCUGCCGGUAAUUUUUCCCCUUUCUUUUCAGACUCAUAUGCAAAAGCGCAUCGGGCAGAUAUUUUUGCGGACUACCAUAGGUUGCUAUUGGAAAACACUUUCCGGCUGGUAUACACUUUGGUUAGACCAGAAAAGCAAGACAAGACUGGGGAGAAGGAGAAAGUUUCAAAAGUUUGUACUGGUAAAGAUCUGAAGCUAGAUGGAUAUCAAGAUGUUCUCUGCAGUUAUAUCAACAAUCCUCACACAACAUUUGUAAGGAGAUACGCAAGGAGGCUUUUCCUCCACCUCUGUGGAAGCAAGACUCACUAUUAUAGUGUUCGAGACUCUUGGCAAUUCUCAAGUGAGAUGAAAAAGCUUUUCAAACAUGUAAACAAGACUGGUGGGUUUCAAAAUCCUUUGUCCUAUGAAAGAAGUGUUAAGAUUGUUAAGUGCCUUUCUACUAUGGCUGAAGUAGCUGCAGCUCGGCCUCGAAACUGGCAGAGGUACUGUUUGAGGCAUUCUGAUUUUUUACCAUUUUUGAUUAAUGGUGUGUUCUACCUUGGAGAAGAGUCUGUCGUGCAGAUUUUGAAGCUGUUAAAUUUGUCAUUUUAUACUGGAAAGGAUAUUGGUCAUUCAUCACAGAAAAAUGAAGCUGUGGAUUCAGGUCCUACUUCAAACAAAUCAGUGACACAAUCUCAGGAUCCGAAGAAGAAGAAAAAAAGCGAAGAGGGAGCUGAAUCUAGUACUGAGAAGUCCUAUGUGGAUAUGGAGUCAGUGAUAGAUAUCUUUAGUGACAAGGAUGGAGAUGUCUUGAAGCAAUUCAUUGAUUGCUUUUUGCUGGAAUGGAAUUCUAGCUCCGUGCGUGUUGAGGCCAAGGGUGUUCUAUAUGGUGUCUGGCAUCAUGCAAAACAUUCAUUCAAGGAAGCUAUGCUGGUGGCUCUCUUGCAGAAGGUCAAAUUCUUGCCGAUGUAUGGCCAAAAUAUAGUUGAGUAUACUGAGCUGGUCACGUGGUUUCUAGGUAAAGUUCCAGAUAGUAGCUCAAAGCAAAACAGCAGUGAACUUGUGGAUCGAUGCUUGACCUCUGAUGUCAUUAGAUGCAUCUUUGAGACACUUCAUUCACAAAAUGAGCUUUUAGCCAACCAUCCAAAUUCCCGCAUUUACAACACUCUAAGUGGAUUAGUUGAAUUCGAUGGUUAUUAUCUUGAGAGUGAGCCUUGCGUUGCGUGCAGCUCUCCAGAAGUGCCAUAUAGCAGGAUGAAACUAGAAAGUCUGAAGUCUGAAACGAAAUUCACUGACAACCGCAUCAUAGUGAAAUGCACAGGAAGUUACACCAUUCAAACAGUGACCAUGAAUGUUCAUGAUGCGCGGAAGUCUAAAUCAGUGAAGGUUCUGAAUCUGUAUUACAAUAAUAGACCUGUGGCUGACUUGUCAGAAUUGAAGAAUAAUUGGUCUUUGUGGAAACGUGCCAAGAGUUGUCAUCUUGCUUUUAAUCAAACGGAACUGAAAGUGGACUUCCCUAUUCCAAUAACAGCAUGCAACUUCAUGAUUGAGCUGGAUUCCUUUUAUGAAAAUCUUCAGGCUUUGUCUCUUGAACCAUUGCAAUGCCCACGUUGCAGUCGACCUGUGACUGAUAAGCAUGGUAUAUGUGGCAAUUGCCAUGAGAAUGCAUAUCAAUGCAGGCAAUGCCGGAACAUCAAUUAUGAGAAUCUGGAUUCCUUCCUGUGCAAUGAGUGUGGGUACAGCAAAUAUGGUCGAUUUGAAUUCAACUUCAUGGCAAAGCCAAGUUUUGCUUUUGACGAUAUGGAGAAUGACGAAGAUAUGAAGAGAGGGCUAGCUGCUAUAGAAACUGAAUCCGAAAAUGCUCAUAGGAGAUAUCAGCAACUUUUAGGGUUCAAGAAGCCGCUCCUUAAGAUUGUAUCAAGUGUUGGUGAGAAUGAAAUAGACUCGCAACAGAAGGAUUCUGUGCAGCAAAUGAUGGUUUCCUUACCUGGGCCUGCAUGUAAGAUUAAUCGUAAGAUAGCUCUUCUUGGUGUCUUAUAUGGGGAAAAAUGCAAAGCAGCUUUUGAUUCGGUCAGCAAAAGUGUUCAAACACUGCAAGGGUUGCGUCGGGUGUUGAUGAAUUAUUUGCACCAAAAACACACCGAUAAUGGUGUUGCUGCUUCAAGAUUUGUGGUUUCUAGGUCUCCGAAUAAUUGUUAUGGCUGUGCUAUUACAUUUGUGACACAGUGUCUUGAGAUAUUACAGGUUCUGUCAAAGCAUGCAAAUUCCAAGAGACAACUUGUUAGUGCUGGCAUCUUAACUGAACUGUUUGAAAACAAUAUUCAUCAAGGUCCUAAAACAGCUCGUGUCCAAGCUAGGGCAGUUCUUUGUGCAUUUUCUGAGAGUGAUUUGAAUGCAGUGACCGAGUUGAACAGCUUAAUACAGAAAAAGGUGAUGUACUGCCUUGAACAUCAUCGCUCUAUGGACAUUGCUUUAGCCACCCGUGAAGAGUUGUCAUUGCUGUCAGAAGUAUGUUCCCUAGCUGAUGAAUUUUGGGAGUCGAGGUUGCGUGUUGUUUUUCAGCUUUUAUUUUCUUCCAUCAAAUUGGGAGCUAAGCAUCCUGCGAUUUCUGAGCAUGUUAUUCUUCCUUGUCUGAGGAUUAUAUCUCAGGCAUGUACACCUCCUAAACCCGAUGUACCAGAUAAAGAGCCUAGCACAGGAAAAGCUUCCACUGGUUUGCAAAUCAAGGAUGAAAGCAACUCUAAUAUUUCUGGAUCUAUGGGUGGACUUGGCAGUGGGAGUAAGCCUACAUCAGAAUCAUUGGACACAAACUGGGAUUCAUCUCAAAAGACUCAGGAUAUUCAAUUGUUAAGUUAUUCAGAGUGGAAGAAGGGAGCGUCAUAUCUCGAUUUUGUUAGAAGGCAGUACAAAGUGUCCCAGGCUGUUAAAGGAGGAAACCAGAGGCCUCGACCUCAAAGGCAAGAUUUCUUGGCUCUGAAAUAUGCACUCAGGUGGAAGAGGCGUGCUAGCAAGACAACUAAGAAUGAAUUACCGGCAUUUGAGCUGGGCUCAUGGGUCACAGAACUAGUUCUUAGUGCUUGUUCUCAAUCUAUAAGGUCUGAGAUGUGCAUGUUGAUCAGUCUUCUGUGUGCCCAAAGCACAUCUAGGCGAUUUCGGUUAUUAAACUUGCUAGUGUCUUUGCUACCAGCAACACUUUCUGCUGGUGAAAGCGCUGCUGAAUAUUUUGAGUCACUGUUCAAGAUGAUAGAGUCAGAAGAUGCCCGCCUAUUCUUGACAGUACGGGGAUGUCUACGUACAAUUUGUAAACUAAUCACUCAAGAAGUGGGCAAUGUUGAGUCUCUAGAAAGGAGCUUGCACAUUGACAUCUCACAAGGAUUCAUCCUUCAUAAGCUUAUAGAGAUGCUUGGCAAAUUCUUGGAGGUACCAAAUAUUAGAUCCAGAUUCAUGCGAGACAAUCUACUCUCAGAAAUUCUUGAGGCGCUUAUUGUUAUUCGCGGCUUAGUAGUGCAGAAGACAAAGCUGAUUGGUGAUUGCAAUCGUCUUCUAAAAGAUCUAUUAGAUAGUCUCCUGCUUGAAAGCAGUGAAAAUAAGCGGCAGUUCAUUCGGGCAUGUAUUUUUGGUCUGCAAAACCAUGGAGAGGAGAGUAAAGGCCGAACUUGUCUGUUUAUCCUGGAGCAGCUCUGCAAUCUGAUCUGCCCAUCAAAACCAGAGCCAGUGUACCUGCUGGUUCUAAACAAGGCACAUACACAAGAAGAAUUCAUCAGGGGAUCUAUGACAAAGAAUCCCUACUCUAGUUCUGAGAUCGGUCCAUUGAUGCGUGAUGUGAAGAAUAAAAUUUGUCAUCAGUUGGAUUUGUUGGGACUUCUUGAAGAUGACUAUGGAAUGGAAUUGUUAGUUGCUGGGAAUAUUAUCUCUCUCGAUUUAACUGUAGCUCUUGUGUACGAGCAAGUCUGGAUGAAGUCCAAUCAAUCUUCAAAUGCAAUGGCUAAUUCUACAUUAUUGACUCCUAAUGCUGUUUCAUCAGCUAGAGAUUCUCCACCUAUGACAGUGACAUAUCGGCUUCAGGGAUUAGAUGGUGAAGCCACUGAGCCCAUGAUUAAAGAAUUGGAAGAAGAUAGAGAGGAGUCGCAAGAUCCAGAGGUUGAGUUUGCCAUUGCAGGUGCCGUUCGUGAAUAUGGUGGCUUAGAAAUUAUAUUGAGCAUGAUCCAGCGUAUGCAGGAGAACUUCAAGUCCAACCAAGAGCAGUUGGUAGCUGUUCUGAAUCUUUUGAUGCAUUGUUGCAAAAUAAGAGAGAAUAGACGGGCCUUACUGAGGUUAGGAGCUUUGGGUCUACUUCUUGAAACUGCGAGACAUGCCUUCUCUGUUGAUGCCAUGGAACCAGCUGAAGGCAUACUUCUGAUUGUUGAGAGUCUGGCACUGGAAGCUAACGAAAGUGACAACAUUAGUAUCACGCAGAGUGCUCUUACUGUGACUAGCGAAGAGACAGGUGAACAGGCCAAGAAAAUAGUCCUCAUGUUUCUGGAGAGAUUAUCUCAUCCUUCAGGCCUUAAAAAAUCUAACAAACAGCAGAGGAACACUGAGAUGGUUGCUAGAAUCUUGCCCUACUUGACAUACGGUGAACCUGCAGCAAUGGAAGCACUUAUCCAACACUUCAGCCCUCCUUUGCAAGAUUGGAGAGAAUAUGAUCGGCUGCAGGAAGCUCAUCAAGAGAGCCCGAAAGAUGACGACAUUGCUCAGCAAGCUGCCAAGCAAAGGUUCACCUUGGAAAAUUUUGUGAGGGUUUCAGAGUCUCUUAAAACAAGUUCCUGUGGAGAGAGACUGAAAGACAUUAUUCUUGAGAGGGGUAUCACUGGUGUUGCAGUUAGACAUCUAAGAGAUAGUUUUUCAGUUGCUGGGCAAGCAGGCUUUAAAUCAAGUUCAGAAUGGGUAAUGGGCUUAAAACUGCCAUCUGUCCCACUGAUACUGUCUAUGCUAGGGGGCUUAUCGACAGGACAUUUGGCUACUCAAAAGUGUAUUGAUGAGGGAGGUAUAUUACCUUUGCUUCAUGCUUUGGAAGGUGUCUCUGGGGAAAAUGAGAUCGGAGCAAGGGCUGAAAACUUGUUGGACACACUUGCAAAUAAGGAGGGAAAAGGAGAUGGUUAUUUGGAGGAGAAAAUUCGGAGAUUGAGACACGCCACAAGGGAUGAGAUGAGGCGCAGAGCUUUAAGAAAGAGAGAGGAAUUGCUUCAGGGACUUGGAAUGCGACAAGAGCUAGCAUCAGAUGGUGGCGAGCGCAUUGUUGUUGCUCGGCCACUUCUUGAGGGUUUGGAAGAUGUGGAGGAGGAGGAGGAGGAUGGGUUGGCAUGCAUGGUUUGCCGAGAGGGUUACAGUUUAAGGCCUACAGACUUGCUUGGAGUUUACUCUUAUAGCAAGCGAGUGAAUUUAGGUGCAGGGACUUCUGGAAGUGCUCGUGGGGAGUGUGUCUAUACAUCUGUUAGUUAUUUCAAUAUUAUCCAUUUCCAGUGCCAUCAGGAGGCCAAGAGAGCAGAUGCCGCACUGAAGAAUCCAAAGAAAGAAUGGGAAGGAGCGACUCUCAGAAACAAUGAAUCUCUUUGCAAUUCCUUGUUCCCUGUGAGAGGUCCAUCUGUUCCUUUACCACAGUAUAGUCGUUAUGUAGACCAUUACUGGGACAACCUCAAUGCUCUUGGACGUGCUGAUGGAAGCCGUCUUCGGCUGUUGACUUAUGACAUUGUUCUGAUGUUAGCUCGAUUUGCUACUGGGGCAUCUUUUAGUGCAGAAAGCAGAGGUGGUGGAAGGGAAAGUAACUCCAGAUUCCUCCCUUUCAUGAUCCAAAUGGCUUGCCACCUACUCGAUCAGGGAAGCUCAUCUCAGCGUCAAACAAUGGCAAAGUCUGUGUCAACAUAUUUGACAUCAUCUGCUUUAGAUAGACCUUCCACUCCUGGAACACAGCCUUCUAUGGGAUCCGAAGAAACUGUCCAAUUCAUGAUGGUGAACUCGCUUCUCUCAGAAUCACAUGAAGCCUGGCUGCAACACCGACGUGCCUUCUUGCAGCGUGGAAUUUACCAUGCAUACAUGCAGCAUACUCAUGGUCGUUCAGCAGGUCGGACCACGUCCGGUUCCUCACCAAUAGCCAGGGUAGAGUCUGGAAAUACCAGCCCAAGUCCUAGUGGAGAAAUUGGGGCGGCUGAUGAUCUUUUGAAUGUGGUUCGGCCAAUGCUUGUCUACACUGGCCUGAUUGAGCAGCUGCAACAUUUCUUCAAGGUCAACAAACCCGCAGCCAAUGUGUCAUUGUCAGCCAGAAAAGAAGCUAGCUCUUCUACUACAGUAUCUCAAGGGGAAGAUGAUUCUGGAAGCUUGGAAGGUUGGGAAGUAGUGAUGAAAGAGAGGCUUCUGAAUGUGAGUGAGAUGGUAGAGUUCUCAAAGGAGUUGCUGUCAUGGCUCGACGAGAUGAGUUCAGCAAGUGAUCUGCAGGAGGCUUUCGACAUAAUUGGUGUAUUGGCGGAUGUGCUGUCGGGUGGCAUUACACAAUGCGAGGACUUCGUGCGAGCUGCAAUCAAUGCAGGGAGAGGCUGAGAAUUAGAUGAAGUACUACUGAGUGAGCUGCGUGUGUUGUAAUCGUAGCGGGACGAUAAUGGGCCUGUGCCAUUGGUGUUAUACUGUUAUAUUUGUGUUCCAUACAUACAUACCCCAUGAAAUAAGAGGGUUGAGACUUGAGACCGAGUCUGUUGUGUACUCGUAGCACAUAUGGCUCCUUGGUAAUGAAAAUCAUUUUUCUCCCUAAA